GCAGUUUCCGCUGGCUGAUAGAACAACGUAAUCGGUUUUUAAUAAGGUAUUUCCCCCUCCGGUGUGUGAUGUGUUACGGAUGCAUUUAAGUGCUGUGAAGGAAGUGACUUUUUGAAACUUUUCCUCGCCCGUCGGUGAAAAACGGCGGAGUACCUUCGCGUGUUGGAAGUGUAAUCUUAAGGCUCUCAACAUCACUCGCGGCUAUGUAAGAUAAUCUACGCACACUAUGAGCCGGAACUGCUGAACAACCUACACGAGAAAGGAAACCAGAAACGCAGUCACACCACGCAAAAUUGGACCCCUCAAAUCGCAUACCCAUAGUGUUACGUUUCACCUGCAGUGUGGCUGGCAAUUGACGCGCAGCCAACCAAAAUCAAAAUGCCGCCGAUAGUAAUUUUGUGCUUACAGCUAUUCAUAGGAACUUUGUGUGGUGCUUCCCCUUACAUCCGCUCAGCCGUAGCCGGCCCUACAGCAAUGUUUCCUUCCUCCGGGCCGACUGGACAUCGCACAUCAUCGACAUCCAGCAUCAGCACAUCAAAGCGCCAACCGACGACACUAAUUGAAUCUGGCGAUGGUUUUGCUUAUCGGCAGCAUCAUCAGCCACCUGGCCAGCUGCAGAAGCACCAUCAACCGCCGGACGAGGGCUACCUUUACGGGCAGCACCAUUUCCGACAACCGCAAGCGUAUCCUCCGGACCAUCACCUUUAUCAACCAGGGCCGAUGUCGCCAUACUAUCGCGAUGAAUCCACUGCGGACGGCUACAUGUCAGAUACGCUACCAGAGUCAAAAGACUACAACCGCCACCGAGCCGAUGGAUUUGACUUGACGUUCCGAGAAGUGCCACCGUCGUCAUCGGUGUCGGCUGAAAUGGAAAACGAAAUCGACGGCAAUCCGGUGCUGUUUACCGACGACAGUAAAAAACCAUCAUCUUCCGGCUCCGGCGGCAGCAGCAACAAUAUCAAUCACAACGGCGUGGGAGGAAGCAGCGGCGAAAGCUUCGAUUUGAUCCGCCAAAGCUUGGAGCGGAUCAGGGAGGAGGAGGACAUCGAUAUCAAAUCGGAACUGCUGAUGAGGCUGCUGGAGCAAAUGCCCGAGGGACCGCUCCCGGUUGUGUACAUAGAGGAUUCGUCCGGAACGGGUACGACGGGCACGGAAGCGAACGGGAACGAUGAUAUGGGGUUAGUUGUCGACGGAGAGGACCAGUUGACGGACAAUGGCAAUAAACGAUCGGGACGGUACUAUCGAAGGUAUCCUUGGAAGAGGCAGAACUCGAGGAGCAGGACAUACGACGCCGACGCCCGCUAUCUGUGCGUCCCUAGUCGGGAUGAUAUAUUCAAGCUGCUCGUCGGCUUGCACGAGAACCGAACCGGCAAUCAACAAAGGACGAUCAAUUUCUGCAACCGGAAGCGACCAGCCAAAGCCAUUUUCACAAACAUCCGAUUCCUGGGGUAAAUUCCUGCUCACCAUCCCGGAGGUAUUAUUGCCAUCAUCUUUCAUGCAACGAUUGCUUGUAUCAGAACCCGACCGUGAUUGUAUAAUUUCCCCCAUAUUGCAAUUGGCGCGCGUCGAGAGGGUGUACGAGCGCAAAAUAAAAACCCCAUACUGAACCACAAAAAACAGCAAAAAAGGCAGCAAAUAAUAGUAUUGUGUAGACAUGCACUUUUCAAACAAAUCUGGCACAAAUUGAACCACCCACGACAGUAGCUCUAGACGUACUUGUGUCGCGUAGAUUUUGUCUGUUCCUUCUCCGGAUGACAAUUUGAAGGUGCAAGAAAGACUUAUUAGAAUCGAUUAGUAAAGCUGAUCAUUUUAAACUUUUUCUUUCUUCUGAGAAUAAAUACAUAAAAGGGCUCAUACAUACAGAGGACAACAGAAACGGAUGAUCACCAGUUUGUAAAAUUGUAAACUAUAGGUAGCUUAUGGAUACUUGUGAGUAAGAUAAACAUAAAUAUAAAAAAAAAAAUCAAACCAAUUACAGUCUACUGAAUAAAUAAGAUGUGGUAACUUAUGUGAGCAACUGAAA